AUGGAUUUCCCGAGCCAACAGAGUGGGAGAGCUUCGACAUACGCUGAAGAUGGAAGACAUGACAGCGAAACGCCCUUGUUGGGAAGGGAUACGACAGAAUCCUCUCAAGACGAUAAAACCAAAUUCUCGAUCGGCUUCCUCAUAGCCCUAACAUGUAUCAACGGCGGUCUUCAGGUUUUCUUCUCGACCGUCAUGGCCAAUCUUGCGCCUUACCUACAAGGUCUAGGCCUCUCCAAAUCCACCACAGCAGCAAUCAUAAUCUCCAUUCCACUUUCCGGCGCCAUCAUCGGCCCCAGCGUCGGAACACUCAGUGAUCGUCUUCGAUCCCGCUGGGGACGACGAAGACCCAUAAUCCUCACCGGGGCAUUUCUCACAAUUGCCUCUCUCACUCUGCUAGCCUGGACCGAACAACUGGUACAUCUCAUCGCAGGGUGUGGGGACCAUGACUCAAGGCAAUGCGGAGCCGGCGUCGAAAAAGCCGUAGUAGCACUCGCUGUGAUCUUCACCAUCCUCCUCGCAAUCUCCGUGCAACCCGUCCAAGCAGGUUGUCGAGCUUUAACAGUCGACAUCGCGCCCUCUCAUGAACAAACCAGAGCUUCUGCAUAUGCGAGUAGAAUUCAAGGCGCAAUGGCCAUUUUCAGCUUCUGGGCCAGUUCAUUGACGUUUCCUGAAAUCCCGGGUCUGGAAAGCUUGACGCAAUUCCAAGCCUUGUCUUGUUUGAACUUCAUCACGUUGGGAUCUACGGUGCUCUUGACUUGUCUCGUUGUCGGGGAAGAAGAUAGUCGAAGACCAUCAGCCGAAGUUACGAAGCGCACGAUCCUGGGAUUCUUCCGCGAAAUCUGGCGGAAUGUGCGAUUUUUACCUGAGAGAAUCCGUAUGGCGUGUCAAGUCCAAUUCGCAUCUUGGAUGGCUUGGUUUCCUCUCCUAUUCUACACCACCACCUAUAUUGGAGAGCUCGACAAAACCGCAGAACAAAAAACGAGCAACUCCGGAAAUCAACUAGCCCAAGCAGGCUCAAUCGGAAGUCUCAGUUUCGCAAUCGUAGGCUUCAUAGCCGUUCUCACCCUCCCAGUCAUCACAUCCCGCUUCUUCCCCACCAAUAACAACAAAAUCCUCAUCAAACUCUGGACAUUCACACAACCCCUCCUCGGACUCCUCCUCCUCUUAACCCUAGCUUCCACAUCCCCAUGGCAAGGAAUCGUCCUGGUGGCCCUAGCAGGUAUUCCCUGGGCCGUGACGCAAUGGGUUCCUUGGGCUUUAAUAGGCUAUGAGACUUCUAGAUUGGGUCUCACGACGGGUGGGGGCGUGACGGAGUCGAGUGAUGAGUCUGCUACUACUACUAAGGAGGAUGGUGAUGCACAAUCGGGUGCGAUUCUGGGAAUUCACAAUUUGGCCAUUUCUUUGCCGCAGGUUUUGUCCGGGGCGGUGAGUAUUGUUAGUUAUGGAAUUGCUGAGAAGGCUGGGAGUGAGGUUCCUACUGCUUGGGUGCUUGCUUCUAGUGGGCUUGCGGCUUUUGUGGCUGGGUAUUUGGCUAGGAGGAUGUUGUGA